CAAGUUGAGUCUCACACCUAAUUCCAGCAGGCAGGCAGAAAACAAGAACAAGAACUCCUGGUACACCUCAAAAGCCACUCACACACACACACACACACACUCACACUCACUAGCUGUCCAACAACACUAUCUAUCACUUUCCCCCUAUUUUUCUCCCCUCUAUUUAUUUUAUUUAUUUAAUUUUGACAAGUUUACUUGAACCAAAUCCUACAUCACAAUUCACAAACAGAAGCCUUUCCCACCACCACAUUAUCUCCCAAAAAUAUUCAUUCAUUCACUCACCACCUACACAUUCACACCCCCUUAUUUAAUUCUUUCAGAAAUAGUAUUAGUAUAUAUAUAGACUCCUAAAAAUAAAUAAAUGAAAUAGUUGUUUCUUUCUCAUAAACAAACUAUCUAGAGAGAGCUACACACCCAAACAGGGCUGGGCAGGGGCGGGGCAGAAGAGGAUCUUGAGUUUUUGAAGGAAAUAAUUUUCAAGACCCUUCAUUUUUUAUAUACAAAAAAGAAUUAAUUUUGAUUUCUCAAAUCCUCUGAUUUUCUUCCUGUUUAUCUUCACCCUUCUGUUACUCACAAGAAGAAGGGGAAUUCAGAGGUGGAAAUUAGAAGAAUUUUGGUUGUUUGGAGAUGGAUUACUGGACUCCAUCUGUCAGCGUUGAUGAUGAAUUUGAGAAGCUCGUCCUUCGAAUCAACCCUCCAAUGGUUACAGUAGAUAAUGAAUCAGAUAAGAAAGCAACUUUGAUCAAGGUAGAUAGUGCUAAUAAGAGAGGAAGUCUGUUGGAAGUGGUUCAGGUUCUUACUGACCUGAACCUAAUUGUCAAGAGAGCUUACAUUUCUUCUGACGGGGAAUGGUUUAUGGAUGUUUUUCAUGUCACUGAUCAACAUGGAAAUAAGUUAUCUGAGGGCAAUGUGGCUGAAAGUAUUCAGCAGUCUUUAGGACCGAGGGGACGAAGCUUCCGAUCUUUGAGGCGAUCUGUUGGUGUCCAGUCUGCUUUGGAACACACCACUAUCGAAUUGACCGGAAGGGACCGGCCAGGACUUCUUUCUGAAGUCUUUGCUGUUCUUGCAGACCUCAAGUGUAAUGUGGUUGCCGCUGAAGUAUGGACUCACAACUCUAGAAUGGCUUCGGUCGUCUACAUAACUGAUGAAGCGAAUGGAUCGGCAAUAGAUGACCCUGAACGACUGGCUAAGAUAAAGCAGCUGCUCUUCUAUAUAUUGAAAGGCGAUAGGGACAGGCGAAGUGCCAAUACUGCUGUUUCGGUUGGCUCCACCCACACUCAAAGGAGAUUGCAUCAAAUGAUGUACGCUGACCGAGAUUAUGAUAAGGAUGUUAUGGACUCCCCAUCAAAAAGCGACCGUUCAAAACCGCUUGUGACAGUGGAAGAUUGUGCUGCUAAAAGUUAUACUGUAGUAAGCCUUAGUUGUCCAGACAGACCUAAGCUGCUCUUUGACACUGUAUGUACAUUGACAGAUAUGCAAUACGUUGUAUAUCAUGCCACCAUCAUUGCUGAAGGUCCCGAAGCUCAGCAGGAAUAUUACAUCAGACAUAUAGAUGGGUACCCCAUUAACUCAGAACCCGAGCGGCAACGCCUAAUCCAUUGUUUGGAGGCAGCUAUACGAAGGCGAACGUCAGAGGGUAUCAGACUAGAACUAUGCGGCGAGGACAGGGUUGGCCUUCUCUCUGAUGUCACGCGCAUAUUUAGAGAGAACGGGCUUUCGGUUACUCGUGCUGAGGUGACGACAAGGAACAAUCAAGCUGUCAAUACAUUUUAUGUGACGGAUGCAUCAGGCUAUCCUGUGAAAAACGAGACAAUCGAGGCCAUCCGUAAAGAAAUAGGUAUUACAAUCCUGCGUGUAAAAGAUGAAGCGUACUCAACUUCUCCACCUCAACAGUCAGGAAAGUUCUCUUUGGGCACCUUAUUUCGGUCUAGGUCCGAGAGGUUUCUUUACAACUUAGGACUGAUUAGAUCUUGUUCAUAAGCGCCGAAAAUGGCUUAAUUAGGUUGUGUUAAAAAACAAUGCCAGUAAAUCCUUGUAUGUGUAUACAUAGGAUUAGUGGUAGGCGCGAAUUAUCGUGCAUGCUUUUGAUCAACUUAGUGUGUUGAUCACAAAUUGUGUAUCCUGUGAAAAAGCCUUGUAAAUGCUCCAGACAGAUAUGUACAUUCCCUUCCUGUUGUCUUUAUAGGUCUUUGGUGAAAACAGUGUAAAUAUUAAAAAAGUCUUUCCUGGAUCAUUUCUUUGUUUAAUUAGCUGCUAAGUACAUUGAAAAGUAAGCAUGAAUGGAUGAUACUAAUGUUUUAGGAGGCCAUGAAGAAUCUCAUGCGGAUCAAAUGGUCUCCUGAAAUACAUGUUAGUCUGUCCUCCAAAACAAAAUGAAGUGAAACAUGUAAAACGCAUCAUGAAUCAGAGGAAUAUUUUG